UGGGAACCCCUAUGCGGGGCUGGUGGCCCUGCUGCGGGCAGCCUGGCGCUCGGGGAAGACACGACCCAUGGAAUACCGCAUGGCACAGCUGGAGGCUCUGGGCCGAUUCCUGGAGGAGAAGAAGCAGGAGAUCCUGGAGGCCACAGCCAUGGAUGUGGGCAAGCCAUCCUUCGAGGCUUAUCUCAUUGAGGUCCUGCUGUGCAAGAACGAGCUCAACAACACCCUGAACAACCUGUGCCACUGGAUGAAGGACGAGCACGUGGACAAGAACCUGAUGACACAGUUGGACUCUGCCUUCAUCCGCAAGGACCCCUAUGGGGUGGUGCUCAUCAUUGGCCCUUGGAACUACCCCAUCCACCUCCUCCUGGGGCCUCUCAUUGGGGCCAUUGCUGCUGGUAACUGUGUUGUCCUCAAGCCCUCCGAGAAGGCCAAGAACACUGGGAAGCUCCUUGCUGAAUCCCUGGGAUGCUACCUGGACAGUGACUGCUUUGCUGUGGUGAACGCUGGUGUUCAGGAGACCACCAGGCUGCUGGAGAACAAGUUUGACUACAUCUUCUUCACUGGCAGCCCCUCAGUGGGGCGGAUGGUGAUGGCAUCUGCUGCCCAGCACCUCACCCCAGUGACACUGGAGCUGGGGGGCAAGAACCCCUGUUACGUGUCAGACACGUGCGACGUGCGCAGCGUGGCCCGUAGGGUGGCAUGGGGCCGGUUCUUCAAUGCAGGGCAGACCUGUGUGGCCCCAGACUAUGUGCUCUGCAGCCUGGAGAUGCAGGAGAAGCUGAUGCCUGCUCUGCGUGAGGCCAUCACUGAGUUCUAUGGCUCCAACCCUCGGGAAUCACCGGAUUUCGGCCGCAUCGUGGGGCAGAAGGAAUUCCGGCGCAUCCGAGCACUGCUGUGCAGUGGGAGAGUGGCAAUCGGGGGGCAGACGGAUGAGGAGGACCUGUACAUCGCUCCCACGGUGCUGGCGGAUGUGCUGCCCUCUGAUCCCAUCAUGCAGGAGGAGAUCUUCGGACCCAUCCUGCCCAUCGUGGUUGUGGCCAGCAUGGAAGAAGCCAUUGACUUCAUCAACGAGAGGCCGCGGCCUUUGGCUGUCUAUGCCUUCUCCAGUGACUGCAAGGUGGUGACCCAGGUCCUGGAGCGCACGAGCAGUGGUGGCUUCUGUGGCAAUGACACUCUGACACACAUGACCCUGAGCUCACUGCCCUUCGGUGGCAUCGGCUGCAGCGGGCUGGGCAAGUACCACGGCAAGUUCACCUUCGACACCUUCAGCCACCAGCGCGGGUGCCUACACCGUAACAUGGGCCUGGAGGCCCUCAACACCCUGCGGUACCCCCCAUACAGCCAACAGAAGCUGGGCUUCCUCACUGCCACCUUCCAGAUCAAACGUAAGGGCACCUGCACCCUGCUCUGAGCCUGCUCUGCACCCUCCGGAUGGGGACGGCUCCAGUGCCACCAUUGAGUCCUCUGCUCAUCCAUUCCCACCUCCUUUGGGAUGGACACCUGGUCCUGCACCCAUCGUGUCUCCAUCACCGGGCUCUACUCUGCAUCCUCAGCAUGGGCACGUAUGGAAUGGGCAAAAGUUGCUUCUUUUCACCCCAAACUUGUCUUGCUGGGGAUGGAAUGGUGCCCAGGAGGAUGAGCACCAGCAGUUCAUCCCAUCUCCUCUUGGAUGGGCUUCUCCUUCUGGAUGAGCCUCACUCUGCCUUCUCCCAGUGCUUUUCUCCUCUGUGUAACCUUGCCUGUAGUAAAGACUUUGCAUUG